AUGACUAGGCUGCAUCGACCCCUCCCAUACACGUUCGAGGAUCGCACUGGUCAGCUAUCCAACUCCGAUUUUGACGAAAUGUAUGACCGAUUCUUCUUUCAUGUGGCUCGGCAGCCUGGUCACACAAGUACCAAGAUAUACGAAAUGAACAAUCGGGCUUCGCGUUUCCGGAGCACACUACCUCUCACCCGAGACCCUAUCAUCCACCUUGACUUCCAAGCAGACGAAAACCUGGGCACAAUAUCCUUUACGAAGGCCCCACAGCAAUCCACUAUGCCCAUGUCACGCUAUUUGAAGAAAACCGCCUUCUUCGGAGCAUCUACGACCAGAAAGUUCAUGGCCUCGGAUGGAAAGGAGUAUAAAUGGGGGUUCAAUUUGUAUGCCGGUCAGGAGUGGACUUGCACGACCAUGGACAAUGGACUUGUUGCUCAUUAUGAUCUCAAACCCGCCCACUUUAGGGCGUACGACGUUUCUGGAAACAAUCUUAUCAUCUACGAGCCAUACGCGCACAUUAUCCCAGGUCAUUGA